AUGGGGAUGGCCGUGCUCGGCGAGGCCCAGCGGCAGCGGCGCCGGAGCGUCUACGAGUUCCUGGACGCCACCAGGCCCGCGCGCGGCCAGGCGCUGCGGUGGUGCGAGACGGCGCGGGAGAUGCGCAGGGUGGACGGCGACAUGAAGGAGGCGCGCCUGCUGCUCCGCGGCGCCCUCUGCUGCGUCAAGGACUACGCGUCCGUCUACAGGACGUGGAUCGCCAUGGAGAAGGAGGGCGGCGGCGUCGGCGUCGCCCGGUGGCUCUUCGAGGAGUGGGGCGCCGUCUGCGCCAAGGACGGCGGCCUCCGCAGCGAGGACGGCGGCGCCACCGCCGACGCGUACGGCGACUACUGGUGCGCGUACCUCGCGUUCGAGCUCGCCCACGGGGACGCCCGGCGCGCGCGCGCCGUGGCGGCACGGGCCGUGAGGGCCUGCCCGCGCGACGCCUCGUUGCGCGACACGGUGGAGCUCCGCCUCCGGGAGGACGAGCAGGAGCGGCAGAGGCGGCGGCGUCGCCCGGGGCUGUUCCGCGGCGCCAGGAAGUGGCUGGUGGACGAUCUGCGCGCGUGCUUCAGCUCCAUGGGCGAGCAGCGGAGUACCAACGGCUGCUUACCGCUCUUCUCCCGGCCGCCGCGGGGGUACCGGCGGCUCGUCACCGACGGCGACGAGUCGCCGUGA